AUGGCGCCUAAAGUCCUAGCGCUUCUUGCGACGGUGCUGCUGUGCUGCAUCGCCUCCGUCGCAGGCCAAGACGCCGCCCCCGUCGCCAUCCAGGCGCAUGCUAGCCAUAUCCUCGUAGACACGGAGGCUGAGGCCGACGACCUGAGUGUGCAGCUGGGAGAAGCCUCCAACCUCUUCCUUAAGUUCGCACAGCUCGCCAAGGAGCACAGCAAAUGUCCAUCCAGCCGCAAGGGCGGUGACUUGGGUACGUUCGACCGCGGCCAGAUGGUGCCUGAAUUCGACAAGGUUGCGUUUGAGGGCGAGAUCGGCGUCGUGCACAAGGUCAAGACCCACAGGCGCUGCUAA